CUGCGCUGCACAUUACGGUUGUCGCUUGGGUGCAAUGAAGCGGGUGCUCGUCGGCGUCGGGAAGGCCCUGCGCGACACCGGUCAGGCGGUGGAGCGGAUGGGCAUGCGCGCGCAGGACAACUGGAUUUUCCAAGAGAAGAUCUGCAGGCACCGCGCCCUGAUGAACCUGUUCGACCAGCGACCAAAGCUGCGGCCCUCCGUAUUCGUGGCGCCGAACGCCUCCCUCAUCGGCAACGUGAGCGUGAUGGACGAGUCCUCGAUCUGGGCGCCCUCGUUGAGACGCACGGCGUGCUCGAGGCUGGCUCCGUGCUUCCGGCCGGCGGGCUGGUCCCGCGUGCAUGGCGGCAACCCGGCCGCCUUCGUGCGCAAGCUCGAGAAGGACGAGAUCGCGGCCAUCGAGAAGAAGGCCGAGGACGUGUCGAUGAGCGCCAAGAAGCACGCCGACGAGUUCCUCGCCUACUCGAACACCUACCAGCUCCGCGAGCAGCUGGGCACGGCCGCCGGCAAGAUCUAGCCGCAGCUCGUGGCGCCCACCUCGCAUCACCGCUGCCGGCUUUGGGGCGCCGCCAACGGCUAGAUCUUGCUGGGCACAGCAUUCUCUCCCCCCUUGGCGCCCUUGGCGGCGCGCCCCACCGCUGCCCGACCCAGUCGCCGCAUGUGGAGCGGUGCCCGCUCUUGCGCGCCGCACGACCGGCGCGGGCGCACGCGCCGUCUUCGUCUCUGUCGUCGGUUUUGGUAUACAGCCUGGUUGCGGGGCGGUAGGGCACGGGCGGCCGAUGCGGCGGCUAACCCUGCUGCGGUGCGUGUUGGCCGCACUUCGGCGCAAAGACCGGCGAUAAAUCU